AUGGCACCCGUCUUUGACAACAAGAAGAUCACCGUCAUCUUCGUGCUCGGUGGGCCCGGGGCCGGGAAGGGAACUCAAUGCGCUCGAUUGGUCGCUGAAUAUUCUUUCGUACAUCUCUCGGCUGGCGAUCUCCUAAGAGCCGAACAAAAUCGUGAAGGGUCUACCUAUGGAUCAAUGAUCAAAGAUCAUAUUCGUGAAGGCAAGAUCGUGCCCAUGCACGUGACCAUCAAACUUCUCGAAAAUGCCAUCGGUGCUGCCGUCGCUCAAGGCAAAACUCGCUUUUUGGUCGAUGGAUUUCCUCGGCAGAUGGAUCAAGCCGUCAAGUUUGACGAAGAUGUCUGCCAAUCUACGUUUGUCUUAUUCCUCACAUGCCCCGAAGAAACACUUCUGCAACGGCUUUUAGAAAGAGGAAAGACGAGUGGCAGAGAGGACGAUAACGAGGAGAGUAUUAAAAAACGAUUUCGUACAUUCAUCGAAACCUCGAUGCCUGUUGUUGAAUAUUAUCAACAUAAAAACAAAGUAGUCAAGGUAAAUUCGGAUAAAUCCAUCGAGGAGGUCUACAAGGAAAUCCAAAAUGCCAUCAAAGUGUAUCUACCUGUUUUUGAAUAA